UAUUUAAUGCAAUUCUCUCUUUGAGGGCGAGAAGGAGAACCAUGAUAUUUUAUUUCCAGCAUGCCUGUGCGUGUAUGUGUUUUCGUGCGUGCGCGUGUCUGUGUGUGAGGCUGGCUGUAGCCCUACGUGUGUCGUCCCCCCCUUCUCUCUUUGUCCCUCCUCCAUAGUAAGAAUCAACCCGACCGCUAUCAAUCUGCUCGCAUCCUGCUGCAAACUAGGAUCAGCCAUCACCACAACAACCUUCACUUCACUUCCACGUUCAUUUAACCCCUAUCUCUCUCUGACACACCGACCAGCAGCGGCCCAUGAUUUGCCUGCCUGAGAUGCGAUUUCGCUCUCCCCUUUCCCGGAGAAUAUCGUCCGUUACUCCCCACUGAAAGACCAUGCCCGAGACGGGGGCGGCGGGAGCAGCAGCCCCUGCAGCAGCGGGUAGCAGCUCCUCCGAUAGCAGUGGUGGCACCGAGAGCUCGCGGCACAGACACCGAUCGCAAGGCGAAGGGGAAAAGACAGAUCAAAGUGCUGCCUCCUCGCAGCAAACGUCAUCCGGUGUACUGGAUAAGUUAUUUGGGAAGCGGCUGCUGCAGGCUGGGAGGUACAUAAUGUCUCAUAAGUCCUGGAUGAAGACCGUGCCCACUGAGAACUGUGACGUCCUCAUGACUUUCUCAGACCGGACAGAUGACCACACGUUGCUAUGGCUACUAAACCACAUGCGCCUGGGAAUUCCAGAACUCAUUGUCCAGAUCCGACAUCACAAACACACGCAUGUACACGCCUUCUUCGUCACGGCAACAUAUGAGAAUUUGUUGCGCGGGGCUGAGGAGAUGGGUCUGAGGAAGUCGUUGAAACCAGAGUUUGGGGGAGGAACACGCAGCUUCUCCUGUGAAGAAGACUACAUCUAUGAGAACAUUGAGAGAGAACUAUGCUUCUUCACAUCACAGGAGAGGCAGAGCAUUAUCAAGUACUGGCUCGACAAUCUACGAGCCAAGCAGGGGGAGGUGCUUCAUAACAUACACUUCCUGGAGGGACAGCCAAUCAUCCCCGAGCUGAGUGGGCGGGGUGUGAUCCAGCAGGUGUUUCCUCUCCAUGAGCAGAGGAUCCUCAGUCAGCUGAUGAAGUCCUGGGUGCAGGCCGUGUGUGAGAAACAACCACUAGAUGAUAUUCGUGACUAUUUUGGGGUGAAGAUAGCCAUGUACUUCGCCUGGCUGGGGUUCUACACCACGUCUAUGCUGUAUCCUGCUGUCAUCGGCUUCGUGCUCUGGGUUCUCACCGAGUCUGACCAGACAAGUCGUGAUAUCUGCUGUGUGGUGUUUGCCCUGUUUAACGUGGUGUGGGCCACUCUCUUCUUGGAGAGGUGGAAGAGAAGGGGGGCGGAGUUGGCCUAUAAGUGGGGUACGCUGGACACCCCUAACGAGUCCCUAGAGGAACCACGGACGCAGUUUAGGGGUGUGAAGCGGUGCAGCCCCAUAACAGGCUGUGAGGAGUUUUACUACCCACCAUGGAGGAGAAGGGUGUUCAGGUGGCUGGUCAGCCUGCCCAUCUGCAUCCUGUGUCUCUGCUUUGUGUUCCUGGCCAUGCUCCUCUGCUUCGAACUGCAGGAGUUUGUUAUGGGGAUUAAAGAAGUGCCUCGUCUGGCCCGGUUCAUCCCUAAGAUCAUGCUGGCCAUCACUGUGACCGCCUGUGACGAGGUGUACAGGAAGAUAGCCUACUGGCUCAACGACAUGGAAAACUAUAGACUCCAGAGUGCCUAUGAGAAACACCUCAUCAUUAAAUUGGUUCUUUUUCAGUUUGUAAACUCUUAUCUCAGCCUUUUCUACAUUGGAUUCUACCUCAAAGACAUGGAGCGUCUGAAAGAGCUGUUACUGGUGUUCUCUCUGGGACAGAGUCUUCUCAGACAGCUGAAGGACAAUGUGCUGCCUUUUGUCUUCCUCAAGAUCAAGCUGUUGGUCGUCACCAUCCCCUGGGUCAUCAAGGCCUCCUUCAGGUCCAAACGUCUGGCUACCUGUGGAUUUGAGCAGCUGUUCUAUAAGAUGCUGGCCACCCUGCUGAUCAUCCGCCAUUUUGUCCAGAACGUGAAGGAGGUGAUGCAGCCUUACCUAUACGAGCGCCACAAGCUGGGCGAGCUCACCCUGCGCAGCGUCUGGGAUCUGCUCCUCUCAGCCCUGCUCAAGUACUGCAGGCUGGCCGCAGGAAAGCCCCAGGCUUCACCCACCGACCAGGCCAUGCCAGGCCUUGGCCUGAGGGGAACCAGACCCGGGGUGGGACAGCCUGACCGCAGGGAGAAGAAGUGUCUGAACGGGGGAUGUGGGGUGCCUGAAGAGGAGGAGGGAGAGAGGGAGGAGGGGGACAGUGGGAGGUUCAGUGAGGGAGAGAAUGAGGAAUCGUCUGAGAGUCUGAUAGACUGUGGCCUCAAGCUGAGGAAGGUCAGCUUCAUAGAGAGGGGGGACAGGAAGUCGUCUGGAGGGGGCUGCGUCCCCACAAUGGAGGACAGUUUCCUGGAGGACGGCAGCCCCACUAUGGUGGAGAAGGGGAUGGAUCCGGCGUCGGUGUUCGAGACAUAUGAUGAUGACGAUGACAAUGGCGUCACUGAGACAAAGGACACGGGAGGUUCGGCCAAUGAAAGUAUGGCGGCUGCCCCGCUGCCUUCUGGGCCAGAGAGCACGGUGACGGUGCGUCAUCGCAGAAGGCAGAGGAGUUUGGAGAGGGCAGACUCUAAAACCAAGCGGGAGUCAUGGAUCGACCCGCCAGAGGAGCAGGAGAGUACGAGUCUGGCACAGGCUGAGAUAGAGAGCUGCAUGCAGACAUAUGAGGACACCUUCCAGGACUACCAGGAGAUGUUUGUCCAGUUCGGCUACGUGGUUCUCUUCUCCUCAGCCUUCCCCCUGGCGGCCAUGUGUGCCCUCAUCAACAACAUCAUCGAGAUCCGCAGCGACGCCUUUAAGCUCUGUACCGGCCUGCAGAGACCCUUCGGCAAGAGAGUGGAGAGCAUCGGACAGUGGCAGACAGCGAUGGAGGCCAUGGGUCUGAUCGCCAUCAUAGUCAACUGUUACCUGAUUGGUCAGUGUGGUCAGCUGCAGCGCCUCUUCCCCUGGCUCAGCCCUGAGAUGGCCAUCAUCUCUAUUGUCAUCCUUGAGCACUUUGCCAUCCUGCUGAAGUACAUCAUUCACGUAGCAAUCCCAGACAUCCCCAGCUGGGUGGGGGAGGAGAUGGCCAAACUGGAGUACCAACGCAGGGAGGCUUUUAAGAAGCACGAGCGGCAGGCGCAGCAGCACUAUCAACAGCUACAGAGGAGGAAGAGAGAGGAGGAGGAGAGGCAGAGGCAGACGGAGCACCAGGCUCGCAGGGAGAGGGAGAGAGAUGAGGGAAAGGACUCCUCCGGGGGAGACCACCACCACGACAAGAGCCACGGGGGGAAGUCCCGCUCUGGAGGGGGUGGAGGUGGGGACAAGCCCAAGAGGCCUAGCUCCCUCCUGGCCAACAACAACGUGAUGAAGCUCAAACUGAUCACCCCCUUACAGAGCAAGUUCUCCUCCGGCAGCGCGCGCUCCCCUCAGUCUCCCACCGGAAAUGAACCCAAGCUCCCCGGGUUCCUCAGCUUCAAGUUCCUCAAGUCGCCUGAGAAUAAGAAGGAAGCGGCUGCUGCCGCUGCAGCCACGGCAACGAAUACCACGACGACCGUGACCGCCCCCGGCGGUAACCAGGAGCGGUCUCAGUCGCCGAGCAAAUCGUUCAACCCUGGGAAACUGUUUAACUUUGGGAAGUCAGAGGGGGGCUCCUGUGUGAAUGGGUCCCAGUUACCCCGACCAGGGGAGGGUUCCCAGGGAUCUGACAAACAGCUCACCAAGUCUGACCUGAAUGGGGUGCCGGAUGAGAUCCCCUCGCCUGGAGGGGAUGAGGGGGAGAACGGACACCACACAGACUCCUCAGACCCUAAAGUCUAGGCUCUCUUUGGAUAGGGAGAUGACAAACUGCUGUGAGAACUUAGCUUAAUAUAUCUACUAGAAGGAGAAACGUAUGGGGAGAAAAGGUCAAGCCUCUCUCCGUGCUGUCUGGAUCUGAGGUUUUGUAUGUAGAUGCUGCCUGGGGGCUGGGAGGGGGACUAAUGGUAAUGAUGAUGGGAUGUGUGGGUCUGCAUUGUUGCUGUUGCUGAGAGACUUUCAGGCUUAAUGGUGAAGACAUAACCCACCCUUUUACCCGUGGCCACACACACACACACACACACACACACACACACACACACACACACACACACACACACACACACACACACACACACACACACACACACACACACACACACACAAACAUAAUCCCCUUUUUUCUGCAAUACAUAUAGAAAUGCAUGAGCUGCAUUUCUGAUGCUUUCCGAGCAUUUUCAAAAAAAGGGAGAGCAGUGUUUCUUGAUUUAUUCUAUUCUGAAAAUUGUAAGCAUCCUGGCGGCCAUCUUGCCACUGAAACAUAACAUCCUGGUUUCGAGGUCAGAAGAAAAAAAUGGAUUGGUGUGUGUGAAUCAAAAGCAUAAUGAGACCUUUCACAGUCACCACACAAUGGUGGCCUGAUAUCAGACUCAUUUUUAACUGUGACGGCCGAUCGGCUUUUCUACUUAUACGAACCGGCGGUGCUAGCCGAGCAAUAUCAAAUCUGUGUUUCAAAUCUGAGCAGUACUGCAAAAUACGUCCAGUUCUUUGUUUUUCACCCACACUCCCAUCUGAAGGCAUACGUGAGCAGUCAUGAGUUUUGUAUAUACAGUACAUCCCAUGAAAACAACGGCAAUAUCUGAAGUGUAUGUCUGACACAGUGUGUGGGAAACAGGAUGUUGUGUUUGACGUUGUGAAAGGCAGAGAUGAAAAUCAUUUGAUAAAAGACAGGCUCUGUCUUGCAGCAGUAUGAGAGAGAGAGAGAGAGAGAGAGAGAAUGAAAGAGAAUGAAAGAGUUGUUUUGACUGAUACCACAGGAUGUUGAUGUGGAUUAUACAGUACACGGUAUGUAUCAUGGAAAGUCUGGGUUCCUGUAGUUUACUGUGUGCCAUUCUAAUCUCUCUCCAUUCAAGCCUGCAGAGAGACAUUCUACACAGUAUACUAAUGGCUUUCCAUUUCAGCACACAGAUCUGACUAGAUUAGUGAGUAGACUAGACAUAGAAAGAGAGAAGAUUUGCACUAAACCCUGACGUUCUGCACUGAGACAGCAGAGCCUGUUCUGACUGCAGGUGGAAGGAAGAACUAUACCGGUCUGCCUCAUAACAUAACAUAACAUAACAUAUACAAACCUUGGAUUUUAUUAUUGCUAGUAUCUUGUACUGUAGAUGCUGUUGUCAUUUCAUCCGACAUCCCUAGUUCCUAAAUCCCAGGUGGCUGCUGGUCCCCAUCAUUCAUUUGAGAGCUGAUAUGUAUUUUAUAUUGUUUAUUCUAUUUAUUUCCAAUGGGAUUCGUUGCCAAAGCAUCACCUUUCUGACUACACUGGCAGUGAUAGCAUAGAGAUGACAGAUUUCUAAAUUCCUUUUGUAAGCAAAUCCAAAGGGAUUAUUCAACCAUUUUAUUUUCUAUAAUGUGGCCAGAGGAUGGUGCCAGAGUACAAGAGAGCGUUUUAUACAUCUAACUUAGAGUAGGAUGAAGUUGCCCCUGGAUACUAAUCCAAGGUCAGUUUUGCGUUUCCCACCCCUAUUGCUAACGUUAGGAUUUGGGGACGUUAAUCUGAUGUUACAUCUAUGCUUAUGAACUCAUAUUAAAUCCCAGUCUUCAUUGAAAAGAAGAACCAUGGUGCUCCACAGCAAGUGAGAUUCAGCACAGCGUUAGAGACAGAAAGAUGAACUAUGCACCACCACUCCAUCCUUUCUGGCUAAGAUCUUUGCAAUAAUACAGUGUUAGAGGGACAGUGGCACAGACACAACACUAGUCUUUUACUGGUCCAUGCCUUUAGUACUCCACCGUUCAGACUGCGUUCCACCAAUAGGAUCUCUUAGUACUCCACCGUUCAGACUGCGUUCCACCAAUAGGAUCUCUUAGUACUCCACCGUUCAGACUGCGUUCCACCAAUAGGAUCUCUUAGUACUCCACCGUUCAGACUGCGUUCCACCAAUAGGAUCUCUUAGUACUCCACCGUUCAGACUGCGUUCCACCAAUAGGAUCUGUUAGUACUCCACCGUUCAGACUGCGUUCUACCAAUAGGAUCUGUUAGUACUCCACCGUUCAGACUGCGUUCCACCAAUAGGAUCUGUUAGUACUCCACCUCUUCAGACUGCGUUCCACCAAUAGGAUCUCUUAGUACUCCACCUCUUCAGACUGCGUUCCACCAAUAGGAUCUGUUAGUACUCCACCUCUUCAGGCUGCGUUCCACCAAUAGGAUCUGUUAGUACUCCACCUCUUCAGGCUGCGUUCCACCAAUAGGAUCUCUUAGUACUCCACCUCUUCAGACUGCGUUCUACCAAUAGGAUCUCUUAGUACUCCACCUCUUCAGACUGCGUUCCACCAAUAGGAUCUGUUAGUACUCCACCGUUCAGACUGCGUUCCACCAAUAGGAUCUCUUAGUACUCCACCUCUUCAGGCUGCGUUCCACCAAUAGGAUCUCUUAGUACUCCACCGUUCAGACUGCGUUCCACCAAUAGGAUCUCUUAGUACUCCACCGUUCAGACUGCGUUCCACCAAUAGGAUCUGUUAGUACUCCACCUCUUCAGGCUGCGUUCCACCAAUAGCAUCUCUUAGUACUCCACCUCUUCAGACUGCGUUCCACCAAUAGCAUCUCUUAGUACUCCACCUCUUCAGACUGCGUUCCACCAAUAGGAUCUCUUAGUACUCCACCUCUUCAGACUGCGUUCCACCAAUAGGAUCUCUUAGUACUCCACCUCUUCAGACUGCGUUCCACCACCCAAUAGGAUCUGUUAGUACUCCACCGUUCAGACUGCGUUCCACCAAUAGGAUCUCUUAGUACUCCACCGUUCAGACUGCGUUCCACCACCCAAUAGGAUCUCUUAGUACGCCACCUCUUCAGGCUGCGUUCCACCAAUAGGAUCUCUUAGUACUCCACCUCUUCAGGCUGCGUUCCACCAAUAGGAUCUCUUAGUACUCCACCUCUUCAGGCUGCGUUCCACCAAUAGGAUCUCUUAGUACUCCACCUCUUCAGAAUGCGUUCCACCACCCAAUAGGGUCUCCAGCUGACCUGGAUUCUUAGUGUGGGUAUCAAUAGGGAACAUCCCAUCACUCCAUCUGGGCUGAAACACACACACCUCCUGUCUGAAAUAGGAAGCUUAAUCUUAGGAAUCUCCCCUGGUACUAUAUUCUCUUCAUCUCUGAUCAUUUCUCUCUGUGCUUUAAAUAUGAGAUGAAGUUAACUAAAAUGCCUGUCAAAUAUGCAUUUUGGCCUAAAACAUACAUAACCUUCUUUCAUUUUGCAUGGAUUGCCUAUCUUUAAUGUACUUCAAGCUACAACAUAAUGGCAUGGUUCAUGCUUCUGCAUUGAGACUGAAUAUAGCAUUUUCAUGAACAUAGUGGCAACAAUAAGUAUUGAGCUCUGGCUGACUGAACUAGUUGUGGUAGUUACAGCUCUGACUGACUGAACUAGUUGUGGUAGUUACAGCUCUGACUGACUGAACUAGUUGUGGUAGUUACAGCUCUGACUGACUGAACUAGUUGUGGUAGUUACAGCUCUGACUGACUGAACUAGUUGUGGUAGUUACAGCUCUGACUGACUGAACUAGUUGUGGUAGUUACAGCUCUGACUGACUGAACUAGUUGUGGUAGUUACAGCUCUGACUGACUGAACUAGUUGUGGUAGUUACAUCUCUGACUGACUGAACUAGUUGUGGUAAUUACAUCUCUGACUGGCUGAACUAGUUGUGGUAGUUACAGCUCUGACUGACUGAACUAGUUGUGGUAGUUACAGCUCUGACUGACGGAACUAGUUGUGGUAGUUACAUCUCUGACUGACUUAACUAUUUGUGGUAGUUACAGCUCUGACUGACUGAACUAGUUGUGGUAGUUACAGCUCUGGCUGACUUAACUAGUUGUGGUAGUUACAUCUCUGACUGGCUUAACUAGUUGUGGUAGUUACAUCUCUGACUUAACUAGUUGUGGUAGUUACAUCUCUGACUGACUUAACUAGUUGUGGUAGUUAAAGCUCUGACAGACUUAACUAGUUGUGGUAGUUACAUCUCUGACUGACUGAACUAGUUGUGGUAGUUACAUCUCUGACUGACUUAACUAGUUGUGGUAGUUACAUCUCUGGCUUAACUAGUUGUGGUAGUUACAUCUCUGACUGACUGAACUAGUUGUGGUAGUUACAUCUCUGACUGACUUAACUAGUUGUGGUAGUUACAUCUCUGGCUUAACUAGUUGUGGUAGUUACAUCUCUGACUGACUGAACUAGUUGUGGUAGUUACAGCUCUGACUGACUGAACUAGUUGUGGUAGUUACAGCUCUGACUGACUGAACUAGUUGUGGUAGUUACAUCUCUGACUGAACUAGUUGUGGUAGUUACAGCUCUGACUAAACUAGUUAUGGUAGUUACAGCUCUGACUGAUUGAACUAGUUGUGGUAGUUACAGCUCUGACUGAACUAGUUGUGGUAGUUACAGCUCUGACUGACUGAACUAGUUGUGGUAGUUACAGCUCUGACUGACUGGACUAGUUGUGGUAGUUACAUAUCUGACUGACUUAACUAGUUGUGGUAGUUACAUCUCUGGCUUAACUAGUUGUGGUAGUUACAGCUCUGACUGACUGAACUAGUUGUGGUAGUUACAUCUCUAACUGACUGAACUAGUUGUGGUAGUUACAGCUCUGACUGACUGAACUAGUUAUGGUAGUUACAUCUCUGACUGAACUAGUUGUGGUAGUUACAGCUCUGACUGAACUAGUUGUGGUAGUUACAGCUCUGACUGACUGAACUAGUUGUGGUAGUUACAGCUCUGACUGACUGAACUAGUUGUGGUAGUUACAGCUCUGACUGACUGAACUAGUUGUGGUAGUUACAGCUCUGACUGACUGAACUAGUUGUGGUAGUUACAGCUCUGGCUGACUUAACUAGUUGUGGUAGUUACAUCUCUGGCUGACUGAACUAGUUGUGGUAGUUACAGCUCUGAAUGACUGAACUAGUUGUGGUAGUUACAGCUCUGACUGACUGAACUAGUUGUGGUAGAAGAAGUAGUUACAUGGGAUUUGAGCUGAAAAGGCACUUCAAGGCAAUAAGGAAAGAGAAAUAGCAGUUUGUGUGGGAGUGAGUAACGUUUGAUCUCAUCAUCACAUUUCCUCCUCCCUCUACAGCCAAUUAAGUAAUUAUAAGGAAACCAUUUGGUUAAUAUCGUCAUCAUCAUCAUUAAUUUGUGAAUAAUGCCAAAUAACUAGGCCACGGAUGAGAGACACGAUUGAGACAUUUCUCAUUUACUGUAGUGAAGCAGAUGCUGUCAGACAAGUGUUUGAUUAGAUGAUCUGUCGUAGGCCAUUGUCAGUAACAAUCAUCUACGGUACACCUGCCUGCUGUGCCUCUGGAACACACUGGCUUGGUUUCUGGGUUUGUUUCACCUUUGAUACAGGUUAACAACUUAAUAGUUCUGUUCGGCUUCCUAUUUCCCCAUCUCUGAUCAAAAAGAACUGAGCAUGUGAAAGCAAAUUCCCAGCAGGCAACUAACAUCUUGCUCUGACCUGUCCUUCCUUUUUCAGAUCAGUGCAGAUGAAGGAAAGGAGACAAAGAGCUAAGACCGCGUUAGUAAGACUAUUGAGAUGCAGCCUUUGUUGGGUCAGCGGCCAUCAUGGUGCAUGACCUUUGGUCUCACUCGACACGUUAUCCCUUAUGGUUAGGUUUUAUCAGACAGAGCUACUUUGAAGUAGAGAAACGGCUCAUGUCAGUAUCAAUGGAACUAUGUAAUUUCAAACUGUAAGGAAGUGCUCUGAACGACUUUACCUUUUGAUGUUCUAUCACUGCACUGCUUAGUUACAAAUGCUUAGAAUGGUUGUGAGACGAGAGCAGAGGGAAUUUUGUUAAUGAAACAUUGUUUGGGACAGUUGUCUAAAUUCAGUCUCUAAAGCAGUGUUACUUUACAGUAUUGGUUUGAUGGGAUAGCCUGAUGGGGGAGGGGUAACUGUAGCCUCAUCGUUGAACUGGACAGUAAAAAGUGGAUGAGGUGAGAUGUACUGUACACCUACUACCAGUAUGUAGAACCCUUCCCUUUAUACCGUCCUAACUAAAUAAAAAAUCUUCAUAACAGCCUCACUAACUGACCAGACAUCAUGUGCUCUUCCAAUGUACCACUGUACAAAAAAAAGUUUUCUUUUCAAGAAAAAUAUGAUACUGGGAAAUGGGAUUAUUUAUUUCUUUUAAUUUAUUUUGUCAUAUUUUUGUAAGAUCUGAAAUAUAGAUAAUAAAACAA